GCAGCGAAAUAACGUUGAGGCGUCAGCGUUGCAGUUUUUUGAUCCCCAGCAUAACUCUUUCGUUUCCUCUUCUCUUGCGUGUGUUUUCAUUUCCUUCGGAGCAACCCCAACCGAGCUCUAUCGUAUCCGGCCUUCUGUUUUCGGUUGUUUUGUCUUCUGCUUGUUUUAAAUCCAGCAACGAUGCCCGCCCUCUCCGCCGACGCCGCGGACACCGUCAGCCUUGUCCGUCAGCUGCAGCUGCUCGAUGAGAGCACGAUCCGCCUGCUGGAGCAGCUCUUCACAAACCGUCUGGAUGAAGAGCUCGUCACGUCUCUCGUCGGCGGCCGCGAGGAGGCGCUCGCCAUCGCGCUCUUCCGCGUCUGCGCCGGCACCCACGCCGAGCACAUCUUAGGCUACGCGCUGCGCUUCCUGGCAGAUUUGGUGUUCGCCGACCAUGUCAUUGGCGCCCAGCUCGGUCGUGAUGAUCUACAGAAGCAGUUUGGCGGGCACCCGGCCUCGCUGCUGCUGCAGAUCGCCUCGACGCACAACGAAACGCUCGGGAUUUCGAACCCGGCGAUUUAUCUUGCGGCGACGGCGCUGCGCUUCGGCACCUACGAAGGCAACGAGGGCUCGUUUAAAGAGUUCUUCUCCUUGGCACGUCACACCUUUGCCCCGGAGACGUUGCAGGUGGCGGAUGUGGAGUUCACGGUGCAGGCCUGUGUGCAGCUGGCCCGCCGCAAGGAUUACCGCCGGCUCUUCUUCCAGGAGGACAUCGUCUCGUGCAUUCCGCGCCUGCUGACCGACAUCGUGUCGAGCGACUCCGCCGGCAUCAUUCAGAUCAUCUACGAGAGCCUGCUGCUGUCAUGGCUGCUGUCGUUCGAGUACGAGGGCAUCGUGCUGCUGGUGCGCGAGCGAAUGAUCCCGCAGCUGCACCGCGUUCUGCAGCGAGUGCAGAAGGAAAAGUGCGUGCGGGUGACGCUGAUGACGCUGCUGAACAUGGUGGAGGCGGAGCGCAAGUACAUGAACCAAAUGCUGAACCCGCUCUCGGACGAGUGGGUAGAUGAGAGUAUCCAAGUCCUCGGUCGUCUCCACCAGGGCGACACCGCGGAGCAGAUCAGCACCUUCAAGAAGGGCCCGUCGCUCGUAGCGGAGAUGGUGAGUGUGGGCAUGAUCAAGACCCUCGGUCAGCUGUUCCGCCGCAAGUUCGGUGACGAGGACAUCAGCGUCAUGGUCGAGCACCUCAACGCGGCGCUGGAGAAGUCCAUGCAAGUCCUCACAAGCUUCUCGCAGUACCGCGGCGAGGUGCUGAGUGGCGUGCUCGAGUGGACACCGGUGCACACGAGCGCUAAGUUCUGGAAAGAAAACGCGGAGAAAGUGGAGGACAACAACUACGAGGUGCUGGUGGCGCUGGGCAAGACGCUGCGGGAGUCGAAGAAUGAAGUGACGCUGGCGGUGGCCUGCCACGACCUGGGCGAGAUCAUCCGCUAUCACCCGACGGGACGCAAUCUCCUCACCCUCGCGGCGAUGGCCGGCGUGAAGGAGCGCGUGAUGUCCCUCAUGUCGCAUACCAAUCCCGAGGUGGCGAAGGAGGCGUUGCUGUGCACCCAGAAGAUCAUGGUGCAGCGCUGGGAGUUCAUGCAGCAGACGGCAUAG